AAUUAUAAUGGAGCCGUUGGUAACAUUUCAAUACUACGGCAGCUGUGGCGAGUUACUUGCGUUUUCGCACAAUGUCGAACGUGGUUUGUUUUACUUUGAGAGGUGGAAGGAGUGUGUUAUGUAAGGGAACGGUGGAUUUGUCGUCCGGAAAGGUGUGCAAGAUCUUGGCUUGUAAAUUCUCCACCAAGCCCCGCCGCAGCAAAAUCUUCACCGACAUCGCCGAAACCGUCAAGGACAUCCCCAAUGGCUCCAAACUCCUCGUUGGAGGUUUCGGCCUUUGCGGCAUCCCCGAAAACCUCAUCGCCGCCCUUUUGGCCCACCCCUCCCAGAACUACACCGUCGUCUCCAACAACGCCGGUGUCGAAAACUUCGGCUUGGGCCUCCUUCUCCAGAAACGCAAAAUCAAACGAAUGAUUUCCUCCUACGUUGGAGAAAAUCCCGAAUUUGAACGCCAAUACCUGUCCGGAGAACUGGAACUCGAGCUCACGCCACAGGGAACUCUCGCCGAACGGAUUCGGGCUGGAGGUGCCGGGAUCCCGGCUUUUUACACACCUACUGCCUUCGGGACGUUGGUCCAUGAAGGCGGAGCCCCGAUUUGCUACGACAAGGAGGGGAAAAUCAAAAUUGCGAGCCCUCCAAGACAAGCACAGACCUUUGGAGGGAAAAACUACAUCAUGGAGGAGGCCAUCACGGGGGAUUUCGCCCUCAUCAAGGCCUGGAAAGCCGACCCUUACGGCAACUUGAUUUUUAACAAAUCGGCCCGGAAUUUUAACCCGGCCAUGGCCAAAGCGGCCAAAAUCACCAUCGCCGAAGUGGAGGAAAUAGUCGAGGUGGGCCAGAUAGGGCCUGAUGAGGUCCACUUGCCUGGAAUUUUCGUCGACAGAGUCGUCAAAGGCACAAAAUACGAGAAAAGAAUCGAGAAAGUGUGUGUUAGUGAGGAAGGGAGUGGUAAAGGGGGUGGCAAAUCACCAGCUGCCCUCCUACGGGAGCGGAUCAUCCGUAGGGCCGCUCUGGAGUUUAAGGACGGGAUGUAUGCCAAUUUGGGGAUCGGGAUGCCGAUGCUCGCCUCCAACUACAUCCCCAACGACAUGGAGGUGUUCCUCCAAUCCGAGAACGGGAUUCUGGGAUUAGGGCCGUUCCCAACCUCCAAAAACGUGGACCCGGACCUGAUCAAUGCCGGGAAGGAGACUGUGACUGUGGUCCCGGGAGCGUCGUACUUCGGGAGUGAUGAUAGUUUUGCCAUGAUUCGGGGAGGGCACAUUGAUUUGACAAUGUUGGGGGCAAUGGAGGUGUCGCAAUUUGGCGACUUGGCCAACUGGAUGAUCCCGAAAAAGCUUGUCAAAGGAAUGGGUGGUGCGAUGGACCUGGUGGCGGCCCCCGGAACCAAAGUGGUGGUCUGUAUGGAGCACAACGCCAAGAACGGAAGUCCCAAAAUUUUGGAAAAGUGCACCUUGCCCCUAACUGGCAAACAAUGCGUUGACAUGAUCAUCACCGAGAAGGCUGUGUUUGAAAUCGACCAAACCAAAGGUCUCACCCUUGUUGAAAUCGCCGACGAAGUCACGGAAGAAGACGUCAAGAAGGCCACAGCUUGUAAAUUCGAAGUGUCGAAAGAUUUGAAAAAAAUGGGUCAAAUUUAAUAAAAUUUUGAAAAAAA